UAGAAGAAAUAUAUUUGCAAUUCUGUCGAAAACUAGUCCUAGUGAGAAAAUGGCAGCCAGUGUUGAUGCAAGUUCAAGCUCAUAUGAUCGCAUGAAGGAAGUGAAGGAAUUUGACGAGUCAAAGAUGGGAGUCAAAGGCCUCUCCGAUUCCGGCAUCACUUCCAUCCCUCAAAUUUUUGUCCACGACCCUCAAACCCUAUCCGACCUCAAACCCUCCUCCAAUCCAACUGCCGCUGUCAUACCCACCAUCGACCUCUCCCACAUCACCUCCCCUGCCCACCGCCCCGAUAUCGUUGACCGGGUCAAAGCCGCCGCGAAAACCUUUGGCUUCUUCCAGGUCACCAACCACGGGGUGCCCGUCUCAUUCCUAGACGAGACAGUGAACGCGGUCAAAGCUUUCCACGAGCAGCCCCUUGAGGUGAAAGCCAAGUACUACAAGCGAGAUGAAGGAAAGGGAGUUAUGUAUGCCAGCAACAACGACUUGUACCGUACAACCGCCGCCAGCUGGCACGACUCGCUGCAGAUGUGGAUGGGGCCGGAGCCGCCCAACGUGGAGGAGAUCCCGGAGGUGUGCAGGGAAGAGUUGGUUGAAUGGGAUUUGCAUGCAACCAAGGUGGCUGAUGACGUUAUGGAGUUGCUCUCGGAAGGGUUAGGUUUGGAGCGUGGGAGGUUUAAGGAGCUGACGUUUUCGGAUUCAAGGGCGCUUGUGGGGCACUGCUAUCCUUACUGUCCUCAGCCUGAUCUGACGGUAGGGAUUAAGGCGCAUACGGAUCCCGGGAUCUUGACGGUCUUGUUGCAAAACCAUGUGCCGGGGUUGCAGGUUAGGCAUGAGAAUGAGUGGUUGGAUGUGAAGCCUGUGCCUGGUGGUUUGAUCAUUAACGUUGGAGAUUUUCUUCAGAUAAUCUCAAAUGGGGAGUAUAAAAGUGUGCAGCACAGAGUGCUGGCCAACUCCAGGAAGGAAUCUCGGAUUUCAAUUGUGAUAUUUUUCAACCUAGCCAAAUGGAGGGAAGAUGGUUACUGUGGCCCUCUUCCAGAGCUUCUGUCACCUCACAACCCGCCAAUUUAUCGAGACUUCACGCCCCAAGAAUUCCUUGAAAAUUUCUAUGGUAAAGGAAUAGAUACCAAGUCUCUGAUUCAGAAAAUCACAAUACGAAACUGAUAUCCAUCUAUCUGUUUCCAUCAUGAUAUUAAACUAUUCAUUCGUGAGCUAUGCGUAAUUAUAGUGUGGUACUGUAAUACAAUCACGUG